GCGUGUGCGUCUCAGUCUCAGAGCUGAAAGAAAGUUGAGUGAAUGUUGGUAUUAUGAGUGGCAUUCAUCGAGCUUUAAAACAACAUUUCGGCUUUGACAAGUUUCGAUCUCAACAGCAGGAGGAUGUUGUUAAAGCAGUGGUCAAAGGUGACAGGGAUGUGUUUGUGUGCAUGCCAACUGGAGCAGGGAAGUCUCUGUGUUAUCAGCUCCCUGCGCUUCUGGCCGAAGGCAUCACUCUGGUCAUUUCUCCUCUUAUUGCACUCAUCCAGGAUCAAGUGGAUCACCUCAAAGCUCUGGACAUUCCGGCACGUUCCAUCAACUCCAAACUUUCACUAACCGAGCGUCGUCAGAUCCUGGCAGAUCUGGAGAGUGACAAUCCUCGUCUCAAACUGCUUUACAUCACACCAGAGAUGGUGGCCUCUCCGUCCUUCCAGCCCUGCUUGAGUUCGCUGUGUUCUCGAGGUCUUCUGGCGUAUCUCGCUGUGGAUGAAGCUCACUGCGUCUCUCAGUGGGGUCAUGACUUCAGGCCGGACUAUCUGAAGCUGGGUAACCUCCGCUCUCAUCUGCAGGGCGUUCCUUGCGUGGCGUUAACUGCCACGGCGCCUAAGAGAGUGCAGGACGACAUCUGGCACUCGCUGAAGCUUCGAUCACCGAUUGUCUUUUCCGUGCCUGUUUUCCGCAAAAACUUGAAAUAUGAUGUGAUCUUCCGGGAUCUGUUGCCAGAGCCUUAUGUCCACUUGCUUGCGUUUGCUAAAGAAGCAUUGGGUGGAAAUACAGCUGAAAAGGGAUGUGGGAUUGUUUACUGUCGAACCCGAGAGAGCUGCGAGGAGGUGGCAUAUAAACUGACUAAAUUAGGAAUAGCUGCCAAACCCUACCAUGCAGGGCUGAAGGCAGCAGAUCGCACAGGGAGUCAGGCUGACUGGAUGGCUGAUAAAGUGCCUGUUAUUGUUGCCACCAUUAGUUUUGGUAUGGGAGUGGACAAGGCCAAUGUCAGGUUUGUAGUUCACUGGAAUGUGGCGAAGUCUUUGGCGAGUUACUAUCAAGAGUCAGGACGAGCGGGUCGUGAUGGACUGCCGUCCUCCUGCAGGAUAUACUACUCACCCAAAGACAGAGACCAGCUCAACUUUCUCAUCCGGAAAGAGAUCGCACGCAAGCAGGAGAAGCGAGGAUCAGAGAAAGAACAGGACAAGGCACCCAUCCAGGACUUUGAUACUAUGGUCGCUUUUUGUGAACAAGAAGGGUGCAGACACGCCACCAUCUCCCAGUUUUUUGGCGAUCAGAAACCCAACUGUGCCGGCGCGUGCGACUUCUGUCAGAACCCCAAACUGGUCCGCGCUCAGCUGGAAAGAGCAUCAGCCCUAAGCACCAGAACCGGCCCGGCCCAGAGCACUGAGCCCAGGGGCCCGUUCGGCUUUGAUCCUGAACUCUACGCUGGAGGCAGAAAGGGUUAUGGGUUUGAGAGAUGUGAUGAGGAAUGGGGUGGCAGUGCUGAAGAUGAUUUAGAUAAAAGAAAGAAAGAAUUUGGAGAUCUCUUUAAGAAGCAGAUGAGCCUGAGAAAGGGUUCAGAUGUAAGAGAGACAUUUGUUCCAGCAGAUGCCGAUUGUCCACUGAAGGAAGCCAGCAGUCAGAAGAUCCCCAGACUCACGGUGAAGAGCAGAGAACACUGUCUGUCUCUUCUGCAGGAGUGUCUGCACAGCAGGACAGCACAGAACACAGACAGCUCUGAUGCACUUUCUCAAGCCAUUGAAAUCGAGCAUGAGAUCUUCAGAGCCUGUAAAUCAGCAAACUUGUACAAAGCUGCUGUUCUCAAAAGAGUGUCGGAGAUGAAGAAAGGUGUGAUCUCAGAUGCCUCUGAAGAGAGACAGACAGAGGUGGAGGAACAGUCCGCACCCUCCUCUUCCUCAUCUCAACCUGAAGCUGAUCUACAGGGCUUCACUUCAGCCUCUCAGGUUUACUCGCUGAAGCGAAAGCGAGUAGGUGCAGGUUUCCGUGGCUCGUCCAGCCUGUUUCAAACAGCAGGAGAUCUUCUGAAGAACACCCGGGAAGAGACUGCUCUCACGGACAGAACGUCGGGAGACUCCAUCUGUGAGGAGGAGGAGGAGGAGACCGUAAGAAAACCAAAGAUGAAAAGCAGCACUUCAUCUCCAGUCAAAGCCAAAAGUAGCACAACAUCCUCCCUGAGCAGCCCAAGUAAAAAACUCAGUAAGAAACAGCAGAAACUGGCAGAAGCGGCCAAAGACACUCGCUGUAUAUCCCAGUAUUUUGGGAAAACGCAAGUAGACAGCCGUCAGAUGAAAGGAAAUGUGUCAUCAAACUCUGAUGUAGCCACAUCUCAAGAUCAGACACCUUCAUCAUCUGAUACCGACUUCAUAACACUGAAGUCAGAGAGCGCUGCUGUUGUAGAGAUCCCGUCUGCGAACAAGAGUCCUGAAGAACAUAUGCCCACACCAGACGAGAUGGACCCUGAGGUGUCCAAAGAUCAUGUGAUGAAGGGAGAAAACAAAUUGGACAACAAACAAGUGCAGCCAAAACAAUUACGUGAAGACAAAUCCCAGUCUCCUCCUGCUAAACGCAGCCGUUUGUUAAAUGAAAUGAAGAGGGUGACCUUUGACCCUGCGGUGCAGGAGUCACUGUUGAAGACAACAAACGGACGCGUCGCUGAGAUCAAACAACCGCCUGUUACACUAAAGGAAGCUGCUGAUGUUGUGGUCAGAUACCUGGACCCUUUCUACAAAAAAGGAAAAUUUGCAAAUAAGGACUUGUUUAAAUCUUUUGCCCGGUUCCUCUCUCAUCUCCUCACUGAAGAGAAAACUGCGAAACCAGGCCAAGUGAAGUCGGAAGCAAAAAACCUCAUUAAUGGUUUCUUCAGCAGGAUAGAGCGCUGUGAGAGCGAGAUGGACUGGAAGCACUUAAAAACCGAGAACAGAUGAUAGAAAUAUCUCUGAUGUGUUAUUGUUGGGCCAACAGGCUGCUGUAAAUCUCAGGUGUAUCAGGAGGGCUUAUGCACAUAUUGCACAUGAACCGUACGUGCUGAUGAACGCUGUUUUUUAUUUUUGAGCGGUCUACAGACCACAGUAACUUACGUAGCAUCAAUUGCUGCUAAUGCACUUGAGUUGUGUGAACUGUAAUGAAAACUGCAUUAAAAGUAUAAAUAUGCACUAAUAGAAUGUAACGAUGAGUUUUUUACAAUGAAUCAUUUAAGAGGGUAGUUUACCAAAAAUGAAGCUUCUGUCAUUCUUCACUCGUACAUAUUUUUGUGUUGCUUUUAUUGUAGAAACUGACCUUUAUUGUAGAAGGUCAGUUCAUAGUAGCCUGUACACUAUUGUCAGUCUCCAAAAAGGCAUGUAAUCGGUUUAAGUACCAUUAAAAGAGUAGUUCACAAACAAAUAAAA